GUCCGGUCUCUUCCUCCACAAUGGUAUCACACUGUCCAAGUGCGGAGGAUAAGAGCACUGAGGGCCCGGAGUAACAGUGACCCACUGCAAGCGAAGAACUUGGGGCAAGGACUUCAGUGGAGAAAAGGACUCCCUUUUGGUACUGCAUCUUCCUAUCUGAACCUGGAGAAACUAGGUGAAGGCUCCUAUGCAACAGUGUACAAAGGAAUAAGCAGGAUUAAUGGGCAACUGGUUGCUUUGAAAGUCAUCAGCAUGAAAGCUGAGGAAGGAGUACCCUUUACUGCCAUUCGAGAAGCAUCUCUCUUGAAAGGCCUGAAGCACGCAAACAUCGUACUUUUGCAUGACAUCAUUCAAACCAGGGAAACAUUAACUUUUGUCUUUGAAUAUGUGCAUACAGACCUUGCACAGUACAUGGCCCAACAUCCUGGAGGACUUCUGCCAUACAAUGUCCGGCUCUUCAUGUUCCAGUUGCUCAGAGGUCUGGCCUAUAUCCAUCACCAGCAUAUCCUGCAUCGGGACCUAAAACCACAGAAUCUCCUUAUCAGCUACCUAGGGGAGCUCAAACUGGCUGACUUUGGUCUUGCCCGAGCGAAGUCAAUCCCCAGUCAGACGUACUCCUCAGAAGUGGUCACUUUGUGGUACCGCCCACCAGAUGUUCUUCUAGGUGCUACUGAUUAUUCCUCCGACCUCGAUAUCUGGGGCGCAGGUUGCAUAUUUAUAGAAAUGCUUCAGGGAUACCCAGCAUUCUCUGGGGUGUCAGAUGCCUUUGAACAACUGGAGAAAAUCUGGUCGGUAAGUUUCCAAAAUUUCUUUCAAGUGCUUUAA